AUGAAGGAGUUUCCCAUCAUUCUGGAGACCACCAGCUCUGAGUUAUUCGAGGAGUGUAUAAAGCAACCAGACAUUGAAGUCGGCCAUCCCUCGGAAGACCUGGAGGACGAUUUUUCCAUUCUCUUGGAAGAUGCAUCCAUGCCAAUAGCCGUGAUCGGAAUGGGCUUUCGCGGGCCCGGAGAUGCAACAGACACGAACAAGUUGUGGGAGAUGAUAAGCCACAAACGGGAAGCAUGGUCCCCAAUCCCGAAAGAAAAAUGGAAUAACAAAGCAUUCUAUCAUCCAGAUCAUGCUCGGCAUGGCACGAUCAAUGUGGAAGGAGGCCACUUUAUUGUCGAGGACCUAUCACUAUUUGAUGCCCCAUUCUUCAACAUGACGAGUGAUGAGGCGUCGGCCAUGGACCCUCAACAAAGGUUGCUGUUGGAGGUAACCUAUGAAGGUCUAGAGAAUGCUGGCAUUCCAUUAGCACGAGUCACGGGCACCAAAACUUCUUGUUUCGUGGGUUCAUUCUGCGCAGAUUAUACAGACCUCCUUCUCCGGGACCCAGAGUGCGUGCCCAUGUACCAAUGUACAAACGCCGGACAGUCUCGUGCGAUGAUGUCCAACCGAGUUUCAUACUUCUUCGACCUGAAAGGCCCAAGUGUCACAGUGGAUACAGCGUGCUCUGGGAGCUUGGUGGCCUUACACCUCGCAUGCCAAAGUUUACGCACGGAAGAUGCAUCGAUGGCCAUCGCCGCCGGUGUGAACUUGAUUCUCAGCCACGAAUUUAUGUCGACAAUGAGCAUGAUGAGAUUCCUUUCCCCAGACGGACGCUGCCACACAUUUGACGAGAAAGCAAAUGGCUAUGCCCGCGGCGAGGCUAUUGCCUGCCUAAUAUUAAAGCCACUAGCAAGCGCACUGCGCGAUGGAGACGCAAUCCGAGCAAUAAUUCGUGGAACGGGAUCUAAUCAAGAUGGUCGCACGCCUGGAAUCGCCCUACCGAGUGGAACUGCUCAAGAAGCACUGAUCCGAGACGUCUACGCCAGAGCCGGACUCUGCCCAAGUGAAACGCAAGUCGUCGAGGCACAUGGAACAGGCACACAAGCUGGGGAUCCGGUUGAGAUUGGCGCGAUAGCCAGAUCAUUUGAGCUCGCGCAAAAUCCCGAUCAUGUAUUGCGGAUCGGUUCGAUCAAGACUAAUGUUGGACACCUUGAAGGGGCGAGUGGGGUCGCUGGUGUUAUCAAGGCCAUCAUGAUGUUAGAGAAUCGGAUAAUAUUACCGAGUCGCAAUUUUGAGACGCCGAAUCCUCGAAUAUCUUUUGAUGAGUGGAAUUUGAAAGUUCCGCAAGCCCCCGAACCGUGGGGCACACCUGGGCCGCAUCGCGUGUCCGUCAACAGCUUUGGCUAUGGUGGUAGCAACGCUCAUGUCAUCCUGGAGGAUGCUCUGGGGUACCUAACAGAACGGGGUCUGCAGCGAUGGUUUCGAAGCCCAUCAUCCGCAGCGCAAAAAGGGCCACUCGUGGAUGGACAGUCAGAAUGUUCGGAACCUUUGCGGCAAAGAAUUUUCAUGAUCUCUGCAUUUGACGAGUUGUCAUGUCAGUCUCAGAUUGCGAUAUUACGAGAAUAUCUCGAGUCGAAUAAGGAAUUUGUCCAAGACGACUUCGUGGAUGACCUGGCCUUUACACUCAACGAGCGUCGGUCAACCUUCAUGUGGAAGGCUGCCAUAAUAGGAUCUUCAGUUACCGAUUUAUGCGACUCGCUCUCAAAAGGUCCCAGCAUCCGGUGCUCAGCUCGGAGACCUACAUUAUCAUUUGUGUUUACCGGGCAAGGAGCUCAAUGGGCGGGGAUGGGCAAGGAGCUGCUUCACACAUAUCCAGUGUUCCGGGAGUCAAUAUCUAGGAUCGACAGAUAUCUAGCGGAGCUGGGGUCUCCGUUCUACGUGUCUGAGGAACUUUCCAGGAGCCCGGAAGAUUCUCAGCUGAACCACCCACUUUUGAGUCAAACUAUAUGCUCAACCCUACAAAUUGCUCUCGUGGACCUGCUUGCAUCGUGGAACAUAUAUCCCAGCUCGGUAACCGGACACUCUAGUGGUGAGAUUGCCGCUGCAUAUGCCUGCGGUGCACUCAGCAUGGAAGAUGCCAUGGCGGUUGCAUAUUUCCGAGGCACAGCGGCUAGUCAACUACUGAUUGCUCCGGACAUGAAAGGAGCGAUGAUUGCUAUUGGGAUGUCCAAUGAGACUAUUCAGGAACACUUGGACAGGCUGACCACUGGAAAAGCCGUCGUGGCUUGCAUCAACAGCCCGUCCAGUGUGACGGUAUCCGGGGAUGUGACCGCCAUUGAUGAACUGUCAGAAAAUCUUAAAGAGAAGUCGGUGUUUUUCCGCCGUCUGGCUGUUGAUGUUGCAUACCACUCGCACCAUAUGAAGAUUGUUGCUCAUGAUUAUCUCGCCUCAAUUGAGCACAUAUCGCCGCGACAUGGCCAGGAUCCGGUAUCGCCGCUCAAUAAAAUUUCCAUGUUUUCAUCAGUGACGGGGACUGAGAUACAGACUAGCGAGAUGGGUGCUCAAUACUGGGUAUCAAAUUUACUGGGGCAAGUAAAAUUCUCCGAGGCCCUCAGGAACCUGUGUUUUGAGACAGUCGGUCAACAAAUCGUGACAGGUCUGAUAUCACGAAGGAGAGUCAAGAGACACGGCGCUGCACAAAAGCCCAGUGUAGAUUGUUUACUGGAGAUCAGCCCGCAUUCUGCACUUGCUGGCCCAAUCAAGCAGAUCCUACAAGAUGAUACUAAGCUUCGAGCAGCCGACAUUACUUAUCUGAGCAUGCUCUCCAGAAAGAAUCAUGCCGUCUCUUCAGCUCUUCAUGCAGCAUCCACACUGGCAACGAUGAGUUAUCAGAUAGACUUUGAAGCGAUAAACUUCCCAAAAGAUGUUGAGCUCACUCGAAAACCACGGUUACUUGUGGACAUGCCAUCCUACCGGUGGAAUCAUACAGGAUCUUAUUGGGCGGAGCCACGAAUGAGCAAAACAUAUCGAUACCGCGAGUCACCUCGUACAGACUUACUAGGCGCGCAAGACAGCAUGGCCUGCCCAUUCGAGCGUCGAUGGCGAAAUUACCUCCGAGCCUCCGAAAUACCCUGGCUUCAGGAUCACAGGAUUCAGUCCGACAUGAUAUUUCCUGCUGCUGGCUAUAUCGCUAUGGCAAUAGAAGCCAUCAUGCAGUUGGUUAAAGACCCAGAUACGGCAGAAGAGUUUAUCUUGAAAGACGUUCGGAUACGCUCAGCACUGAUUGUGCCUGAAGCUACAGGAAUCGAAGUCAUGACUUCUCUACGAGACUCUGACAAGGGUCUAACAGAUGAAACAGAUCGAUGGUACGAGUUUCAUGUAUAUUCGGUCUCCAGUGACAAUCGGUGGACAGAACAUUGUGUGGGGGUGGUUGGUGCCACCAGCCCGAGUCUCCCGGACGAUGAAGCAUUUGUGGAUCUCAAUGGGGUUGCAACCGCGACUGCAGCCAGCGACAACAGCCAUAUUUCUGUCGUUGACAUUCCUCAGCUCUAUAAAAAACUGCACGAUGUGGGUUUGGAAUAUGGGCCUUGCUUUUCGAACUUGACAUGCGCCCAAGCAACUCAAAACGGUACCUGCUUCGCCGAAGUCACCAUUCCCGAUACUCGAGAUGUGAUGCCAAUGAACUUUGAGCACCAAUCUCUGAUUCACCCGUGUACCUUGGACAGCAUCUUUCACGCCAUAUUUGCUGCAUUACCCGAAGACAUGGACUUGGAGAUCGGUCCACUCAUUCCAGUGUCGUUCGAGUCUAUGAAGGUCUCUUCUCGCAUUCAGAGGUCAGCUGGGGAAGUUCUCAGUAUUUGUACACAUGUUCGGCCUGCACUGAAAACCAAUGUUGUGGCCUCGAUAACUGCGACUGAUAGUUUAGGCAGCGAGAUCAGUAUGAAACCGAAGCUUUCAAUCAAUAGGCUGCGUUGCGCCCGCCUCGAAGGGACACACGUUGAAAACAAGAGUGAUAUUCCAAUUGCGUAUGGAAUUGAGUGGCAGCCGGACCCGGGGUUUGUUUCGAGGGAGAGCGCCGCCUUCCUAUUUCAACAGCAAGGUAUAAAUGGAAGCGAGUGUUCUGCUGAACGAGAAGAAGAUGAGAGAUACACGGCAAAACUUAUCAGAGAUGCAUUUCUCAAGUUAUCUGGAGAUGUUGAAGAAAACCCCGAUUCUUCGAUUAUCAGGUACAGAGACGACCUUGAGUCCAUCCUUCAGAUGCAUAGCAAAGACCAUCAGGCACAUAUACACAACGGCUGCACACCACUGCGAGAGGAGACCAUGGAUGUUUCCGGGGACAUCGGAGUACUGCUUCGGGAUCUUUCUCACCUUCUAUCUUCGUCCUCUCUAAGGAACACUGAGACCUUCAGAGAUGCCCAGAGCAAGAUGUGGGACUCAUAUCGAACUACAAUUAUGGAAAAUACAGCAUACUGCGCUGCAGUAAAUUAUCUUGGUUUGGUCGGCCACAAAAAGCCGGAUAUCUCGGUCCUAGAAAUCAGCGACGGAGGAGACCAACCAUACAGCUUGUUCUUGGAGAAACUGAUCCCACAUACCCACAACAGGUCUCCACAAUGCUCCAGAUAUACAUUUGCAUAUAGAGAGGAUUAUGGAAUUGAGCGAGCAAGAGCAGACUAUGCAGAUUGGAAGGACAUGGUGAAUUUUGAGAAACUGGAUCUCGACGGUGAUCUCUCUCAGCAAGAGUUGAGCAAACACACCUACGAUGUCAUUAUCGCGCCAAAUGCCUUUAAUUCGACGCAUUCAUUUAGGGAUGGAAUUCUCAAAAUCAAGUCGGUUUUGAAGCCAUCCGGUUACCUGAUCAUACUAAAUACCCUCCUUCCCGCAAGGAGCAUUUUGGAGGCACUCUUGGUUACUGCAGUCUACCAUUGGCCACAUAGAGCGGUUGAAUUAUCGAAAUACGGCGACGGAACGAAGAGAGAGAUCUUACGUGAAGCUGGAUUCAAAGCAGAGGGUAUCAUGAACGAAUGUUUGAUCAUUUGCCGCCCAGACUAUGAAACGGACUCUUUCGACAAGAAGAUAUUGGUUAUUCGUGAAGAUCAUGACGAGGUUUUAAGGAAUCUCUCGGAAGCCCUACAGCAACAAUUGCUGGGUGAGUCGACGGUAUCAAACACGAUCGAAGCGCUUCCAAAGGGUCGAAUCUGCCUUGUUUUGAGUGACUUGGACAGAAGCUUGUUUCAAAGUCCGGAUGCCGAGCUGCUGCAGAAACUAAAGGAGAUAUUCUUCCAAAGCGAAGGGGUACUCUGGGUGACUAGAGGUGGGACAAUGCGCGCUACAAACCCCCAAGCUGGGCUUGCGGUCGGCUUUGCACGAACGGCUCGCUCAGAAUCAGGCGUUCAACCAAUUAUCACGCUGGAUCUAGAUCCACAAUUUUCAAUACUGGACAACUCAAGGGUGAAGAUAAUUGUCAAUCUCAUUAAAACUCAUUUCUUCCAGGAUCGUCUCCCAGAGUACGACACCGAGUAUGCAGAACGGGAUGGAAUAGUCCUUGUUCCUCGGGUGGUAGUUCAAGACGACUUGAACCGCGACAUUAAGAAGAUGAACAAGGCAGAUAAAACAAUUGAGCAGCUAUUUCAAAAGCUAGACAGACCUGUGUCCCUGUUAAAGAAUGAAAUGGGGAACAAAGAAGUCCAUUUCACAGCCACCAAGCAAAUCGCGGAACUCCCCGAGGGAUAUAUCGGCAUCAAGGUUUGCGCCUUUGCUAUAAGUGAACUUGACACCAACGGCAGCAAUGAUCCGAAUGCCUCUCUUGGAGUCAUGGGAUUUGGAAGCAGUGGGCAAGUUUACGAGCUUGGGACAAAUGUCCAGGGAUUUUCGGUGGGAGAUCGCGUUGCUUGCCUUGGAACAGGGACAGCACGGAACUACUACUAUGAUCAAGCUUGCGCCUUUCAGAAGAUCGAAGACAAAAUCUCGUAUGAGCUUGCUGUGUCAUUAAUCAUGGCAUAUACCGCGGCAUACUACAUCAUACAUGAGAUAGCCAGAAUCGAGCACGGUGACAUGAUUCUUAUACACGAAGCAGCCAGCUGGUCCGGCCAAGCAAUGGUUGAGAUUUGCAGGCUAAUAAAAUGUGAUAUCAUUGCAAUUGUAUUCAAGGAAGCUCAAAAGGAUGAGCUCUUCAAUCGUUUCCAAAUGGCAUCACAGCAGAUCCUCGUUGAUGCUGACGGCAAAAACAUGACCCGACAUCUUCUACAUUCCACUCAUGGCAGACUACCUCGGACGGUCAUAACACCUGCCGAGCCCAACAGCAAAACAUUCCGAUCAUUGUGCAAGCUCACUGCUCCAUUCGGUCAUAUAAUUCAUCUCCGAACCCGGUCGCCAGACCAUCAAGCGGCGAAUAUUUGGAGUUUGGAUUGUAAAAACAUCUCGUUCUCUACUUUUGAUAUAUCCGAUCUUCAACCAGGAAAAAUCACCUCAAUAUAUGAAAGCUGGUCCACAGUCAUGUCUCUCUUCAACCAAGGAAAGCUACAAGGUCCUUCUUGUUAUUCCUUUCACAAGGUGACCAAUGUUACCAAAGCAAUUGAUACAGUUUCUUCGACGAAUUUUGCCGUGAUCACCGCGGAAGCCGAUGAUAUGGUACAGAUCUCUGCUUCGAAUAUUUCCAAAAACAUAUUUCACAAUGAGGCGUCCUACCUUUUGGUUGGUGGACUCGGAGGGAUUGGACGUGCAAUUGCUUUCUGGAUGGUGGAGCAUGGUGCCAAAUAUUUAAUUCUGGUCAACCGCAGCGGCUUGUCUACAGAAACGGCUCGAUCCACUGUGCAGUUACUUCGAGACAAGGGUGUUGAAGUAGCGGUGCAUGGUUGCGACAUAUCCGACGAACAGGCAUUUAAAGAAAUGUACACGGAGAUUUUGCGAACUGUGCCACCCAUCAAAGGCGUCAUACAGGGUGCUAUGAUCUUGAAGGAUAUCCACAUCGAAAAAAUGACAGCGGAAGACUACAACACAGUUCUACGUCCUAAAUACGCCGGGACCUGGAACCUACACAAUUACUUGCCCGAAGAUAUAGAGUUUUUCGUGAUGUUGUCAUCUAUUAGUGGCGUGAUCGGAAAUGCCACCCAAUCUGCCUACGCGGCUGGAUCCGCAUUCAUGGACUCAUUUGCAGCAUACCGAAACCACCUAGGCCUGCCUGCGGUGUCGCUGGAUCUUGGUACCGUUACGAGUGUGGGCUACCUGGCGGAAAAUAAUGAACUAGCAGAGAAAAUGGCGAAACAAGGAUUCCAGAGCACCGAUAUAAAAACACUCCUGUCGCUCAUCCAGCUUGCCAUCUCACAGCCACCCUCCAACACUCAUUCACAGAUUGUGACUGGUCUUGGGGAUUGGAAGCCUGGGAAGUCCUUAGCUAAUUUUGAUGUGCCUCUUUUCUCUCAUUUCAGGAGAAGCUUCCAGACCGAUGACUCGUAUGAAGAGGGCACUGACCAUACAGAGAUACUGCAUGAGAACCUCAGAGCUGCCAAGACUCGAGAUGAGGCCGUUCUGGUUGUUUGCGAGGCGCUGUCUGAAAAGAUUGCUGCGCAGUUGAACUUUCCAGUGGAUAGAAUCAGCCUUGGUAGCCCCCUAUCAGAGUUUGGUAUUGAUUCAAUCGACGCCGUCGAGUUACGAAACUGGAUAGCAAAAACCAUGGAGAGCACAGUCCCUAUCCUUGAAAUCCUCGCGAGUGGCUCAGUGCUUCAGUUAGCUGGGAAAAUUGCCAGCCGAUUACAGCUGCUGAAUAUCAAUGACGAGACAUCAUAG